UCUUUUCAUCAGCCACUUUGAAUCAGUUUCCUGUGUAAUCACCCAUUUACUGCACCCAGUAGAUUGUAGAACUGAAGCCAUGUUCCAGGAACCAACUAUAUGGAUAAAAAAAGAGGAAAUGGAUGAAGUACAAACUGAGUUAUGCUCCAUGUUUCUUGAAGACCCAUUAAAGACUGACAGCCCUAGUGUUUGGGUAAAGCAAGAUCCUGAACUGAAACAAGAUGCUGAUGGAUAUGAGCAUAAUCGUGUUAAAGACUCACUGGGAAUAUCUUGGUCCACUGAUUUUAUCAAGAAGGAUCCUGAAUUAAAUCUGGAAAUGAAUGUAACAGAGAAUAUUGUGGAAACCUCAACAAGAUACACAUCUGAUAAAGCAAGAUUGACUCAGAGUACUGGUGGGAGGUGUGGAGUAUCAUGUGAAGAAACUUGUCACCAUAGACAGGAUGAGUUUGUGAUAGACAUGGAGAAGUCAACACACGAGUUUGGUACCUAUACAGAAGAUGUGACUGUUGAUAAGGAAUGCUCAGUUGCCACCAGAUAUGACUGUAGUAUGAGGGAAAAGGAAUUUCAUGUAUAUAGCUGUAAUUCCUGCCAACAGAGCUUUCCUUCAAAAUACAGACUCAUAAUGCAUGUGUUUAUGCACAUUGAUGGCACACAACCACCUUUGUUUGUUUGUAAGUGGUGUGGUGUGGUAUUUCACAGUAAUGUUAGUUUGAAAAAACAUUUAAGAAUGAGUGAGAAUUAUCAUGUCUUAAUUGCUGGCAACCAUGAAAAAUAUGGCUAUAUUGAUAAACAUCAAAGCAGUAUCUUCUUGGAUAGUUUGCCAGAAGUUUCUGCUACACAACACAAUGAGCAGUCUUCACGUAAGGAAACUUGGAAAGCUUCAAAGAAGUCCUGUAAUGACAUGUGUAACACACAUAUGACAAAUGAUGCAGAGAAAACAUUUGAUUAUGGAAAUUUACAUACAGCUGUUAAUUUCAGUGCCCAGGCUGACCUAAUUACUGCAAACAGAACCGACAAAUAUGGUAUUUGUGGCAACUUGUUGGGUAGGUCACAUCAUCUCAAGAGAGAGAAACUAAUUCACAUGGGAGAGAAACCCCACAAAUGUGAGAGUCGUGGGGAAUCGUUUGCUCAGUCAAGUCAUCUCAAUACACAAGUAUUAAUUCACACUGGAAAGAAACCUCACAAAUGUGAGAUUUGUGGGAGGCGUUUGUCUUCGUCUCACAAUCUCAAGACACAUGAAUUAAUUCACGCCGGAAAGAAACCUCACAAAUGUGAGAUAUGUGGGAAAUCUUUUGUUAGGUCAGCCGAUCUCAAGAGACAUGGAUUAAUUCACACUGGAAAGAAACCUAAAAAAUGUGAGCUGUGUGGGAAAUCUUUUGCUCAGGCAGGCAGUCUCAAGUUACAUUUAUUAAUUCACACUGGACAGAAACCUCACAAAUGUGAGAUUUGCGGGAAAUCUUUUACUAUGUGGUCUCAAGAUACAUAG